AUGAGCCGCGCCGGGAGCUGGGACAUGGACGGGCUGCGGGCAGACGGCGGCGCCCCCGGGCCCGCCCCGGCCUCCUCCUCGUCCUCGGCUGCGGCGGCGGUGCCGAGCCAGUGCCGCGGCUUCCUCUCCGCGCCCGUGUUCGCUGGGACGCACUCUGGGCGCGCGGCAGCGGCGGCGGCGGCGGCGGCGGCGGCAGCGGCGGCGGCGGCCUCCAGUUUCGCGUACCCGGGGACCUCUGAGCGCACGGGUUCCGCCUCAUCGUCAUCUUCGGCCGUGGUCGCCGCUCGCCCCGAAGCCCCCCCCACCAAAGAGUGCCCGGCGCCCGCGCCCGCAGCGGCCACUGCUGCAGCGCCUCCGGGCGCGCCGGCGCUGGGCUAUGGCUACCACUUCGGCAACGGCUACUAUAGCUGCCGCAUGUCGCACGGCGUGGGCUUGCAGCAGAAUGCCCUGAAGUCGUCGCCGCACGCCUCUCUGGGAGGCUUCCCGGUGGAGAAGUACAUGGACGUGUCCGGCCUGGCCAGCAGCAGUGUACCGACCAACGAGGUGCCCGCGCGAGCCAAGGAGGUGUCCUUCUACCAGGGUUACACGAGCCCCUACCAGCACAUGCCCGGGUACAUCGACAUGGUGUCCACCUUCGGCUCUGGGGAGCCUCGGCACGAAGCCUACAUCUCCAUGGAGGGCUACCAGUCCUGGACGCUGGCCAACGGGUGGAAUAGCCAGGUGUACUGUGCCAAGGACCAGACCCAAGGUUCCCACUUCUGGAAAUCGUCCUUUCCAGGGGAUGUGGCUUUAAAUCAGCCAGACAUGUGUGUCUACCGACGGGGAAGGAAAAAAAGGGUGCCUUACACCAAACUGCAGCUCAAAGAACUGGAGAAUGAGUAUGCCAUUAACAAGUUCAUUAACAAGGACAAGCGGCGGCGGAUUUCAGCUGCCACAAACCUAUCUGAGAGACAAGUGACCAUUUGGUUUCAGAACCGAAGAGUGAAGGACAAGAAAAUCGUCUCCAAGCUCAAAGAUACUGUCUCCUGAUGUGGGCCAAGCUGACCAGUUUAAUUGCUUUCACUUGUCUCCAAAAGACCUUUGGAAAGACUUGAAUAUGUAUUUAAUUCCUCUCCCCACUCCCUGCCGAUGAUGGCAAAUUUUGUGAAUUAUUUUUCUCUCUUCACCCUCACCUGGCUCUAAAACCUUUUGCUGCCCAACCUGACUUCAUAGUUCUGUUUCUUACUUGUUUAUUAUUGGUUUUUAUUCUUGUCUAGGUUUAUUUUUUUAUGAUGUUUUCAAUGUUCUGUUUCUCCCUCCAGGCCAGUAUAAAGGACUUGAAAUAUUUUUAAUAACCCCCCCAAUGAAUUUCAGAAGUGCCAUUCUGAUUUGAGUUCUACUUUUUAAAAUUCAUUUUAUAUGUCCGUUUCCAGAAUUGAUUAUCUUUGUAAUCCAUUAGGACAGAACGAUUUGCAGUCAUUCAUAUCCUGUGAUUGGGUAAUUGAAUCAUUAGCUCUCAGCAGUUUCCCUGGGGCCAGUGAAACUGCUCUAGGCAGUCUGUGCUCUGGGGUCACCCAGAAUGUUGGAAAACAAGAGUCAGAAGGCACUGUGAUGGCUCUAAAAGCAGCCACCUUAUUAAAUAGUGUUUGUAUCAGUAUUAGAAUGAAGACAAUCUUCCCAACUUUGGGUCCCUCACUUGCUGUUUUAGUUGUAUAUUUGUAAUACACCUUGCAAUUUGUGCUUUUAUAAUCUUUAAUUUUAAAAUGAUAUAUCUUCAUGGAUGCCUUUGUUUCUCAGAAUCCAGAUAAAGAUAUUUAAGUAACUGCAAUUGGCAGAGUAACCCAUGGGUGAUACAAAUGCACUCUUUUCCUUGGCCUCCAGUCUGUAGGACUAGGACUGAGGCCUUCCAGAGUCUCUGCAAAGAGACUGAACCAUUGUGGCCGUGGGUGGAAACUUUAUUCAGACCCCAGUGAAGAAUUUAAGUAUCUGAAUGAAUGCAUUGGGCCUCUCAAAGAGCUUUAAAACAUCUAACAAAUUUUAAAACUAUGAAGCUGUAUGUAAGGUCUAAGAAGGGGAAAAAAAGACAUUUGUGAAAGUGAUGCUAAAGAACUACUUUUAAAGUGCUGCAUAUUUAUACAACUGAGAGAUUAUUUUUGUAGAGGCAAUGUCUGUGAACUGGUAUACAUGAGCAGUGCUUCAGGCAUUUAAAAAUCACUUUUUACUCCUAGGGAGAGCCAAAUAAACAAAACUCUCUUAUUUCCUCUGAGUCUUUAUACAUAUGUGUUCUCUUUUUUUCAAGCUGUGUUGCCUCUAGAAACUGUUCUUAUUUAUUAUAAAAUGUUGCUGUCCUGAACACCAUGAUGUUCUCUAAAGAUGAAGGAAAUUCUACAUCAGUUCUGAUCUCUGAAACCUUCACACUUGGCUCUCAGUCUGCUCCCCACCCCUUUAACAGAAAUGAUGUUUUUAAAAGAGGGUAUCAUUUGCUGUGUCUAAAAAUAUCUUUUUACUACACCAGCUCAA